AUGUGCAUCAUCCUUCCUGUCGACCAUAUCCCAUGCACUCACACGGUCGCUAUUUGGCAGCAUUGUAUCGACGCGCCGCGGUCUAGGCGCGAUGGCCUCAAGCCAUGCUCUCGGAUUCGACAAGCUGCUCGACCAAUCUUGACGAGAAAGCUAUGUUUCAACUGCGGUGGCCCCAGGUACUUUGCUCGAAGAGGUGGCGUGGCUGAGCGGGGCAAUGGAAGCCCGGUGAUUCCUGAGGUAGACGAGGAGGAGAAGGACGAACACAAUGAGCCCUACGACUCAGGAUAUCAGAGCGAUGUCAUACACGAAGAGGAUGAGGACGGCGAUGACGAGUCGGCCUUGUCACCAAGGUCAUCCAUACUUCCAACGAAAAGGUGGAGGCCUGCUCCAAGGCAGCGUUCGUCGAGCAGACACAGAUCGCCCAGUCGUAGGCCCAGCUGGAGACCAAAUCUCAAGCGUGACCUCAAUGCGGAG